AUGGACUCUACUUUGUCUCCGACUACAACGCCAGAAACCGAUUCCGCCGAGGCAUUACUGGAUUUCAUCGAUUCACAUCCGACAAAUCCUGAAAACAGGAUUGAUUUCAGUGCUAUCGAUAUUGAAGAACUACUGUUCGAUCCAACGGAGUGGUUGGUUCACACUGAUCCUAACGAAAAGAUGCGAGCACCGAAGCUGUAUGAAUUCCUUGUAUUACUUCUGAACAAUCAGAGUUACAGUGCAUAUGCGUCGUGGGUUGACAAAGAAGAAGGUAUAUUCGAAAUUCAUAACCCGACACAAGUUGUUAAACUUUGGGAGAAAGUCAAAAGUCGAAAGACCAAACAAAAAAUGAACUUCGAUACAUUCUCACGUGGCAUUCGAAUGUACUAUGCCAGAGGAGAUAUGAUUCCAACGUAUACUCGAUAUACGUAUCGUUUUGCUUCUAUGAAAUAA